AUUAGAUUAAAAGUGCCAUCACUUCUUUCAGCUGCUGCUGAAAAAAACACGAAAAGUUGUGUAAAAGCGUGUGAAUUGUUUAAAGUACACGUACACACAACAUGACGGAUAAUAAUGUGGCCGUUCCGGCGGCUGACGCAGCACCGGUGGCGGCGGCUAACGGCAACGAAGGUCAACAGCAGCAGCAGCCACAGCCAACCCGCAUGGAAUCAUUUUUUGCUAUGACUAAAUCUCUAAUACUGCGGGCGCUCAUAAUCUACUUCGUCAGCUCGUUCUUUCGGCGACCAGCGCCUAAUGCCACUCAGGACAAGUCCGUGGCAAAUGCUGGUCCCAAAAUAACCGCUUGGAACUAUUUUGAAAAUGGCACAGACUUCGAUUUGCAUGUGUGGCUUUCCGAGGAGCCAGAUGUGGUGAAUUUUCAGAACAAAGCGAAUCUGCUGUGGCUACAGGAGGAUCUCACCUAUGGUGAUUGGAGCUCCGGUCCGUCUGGCGACGGCAUCUAUACGCAUAAUCUCAAAAUCAAAGCCAAUCAGCAUUUAUUAAACAAUGGCAGCGUUUAUUUACAUGCAUUUGUAACCCGCGCGGGUGAGAGUCCGGAUCCCAAGUCGCCCACAUAUUCGCCACAUGGUCACAUGGGUCAUCAGCAGCAUCAGCUAAAUAAAUUUAAGAAACUUCGCGUAAAUCGCAAUUACAAUUUGUUGGCCAGCGAUAAGGAGAAGCUGGAGCAUGAACUUAAGCAUGCCAAUCUCAAGGAUCAAAUUAUCUCGCACUGGCAUCCUAACCUAACCGUUAAUCUCGUAGUAGAUCAAACCAACUGGGCACAGGGCAGCGUGCCGCCGCCUUUGGAUGACUAUGUUAAGUUUGUGGACGGCGGCAAAACCUAUUUGCCCAUAGUGUUCGUCAAUGACUAUUGGAAUCUGCAGCGUGAAUAUUUUCCUAUAAACGAAACCACACCGGAGCUGGAUCUGCAUCUGACCUUUCAACCAUUGGGCAUGUUCAAGUGGCAGCUGUAUGCCGCCAAGCAGAUGAAGAACAAAUUUGCGGGCAACUUUUUGGGAGAGAUAAUGGCAGCGGGUGUUACUGAAGAAACCGAUGAGGAUCAGGACUCUUUGAAGGAAACGCUGUUGGAUACAAAUAUCUAUCUGCUGGGAAUAACUGUCGCCGUGUCCAUAUUGCAUUCGGUCUUUGAGCUGUUGGCAUUUAAGAAUGACAUACAGUUCUGGAACAAUCGUCAAUCCCUUGAGGGACUCUCAGUGCGUUCGGUGUUCUUUGGCGUGUUCCAGUCGUUGAUCAUACUGCUCUAUGUGCUGGACAAUGAAACUAACUUUAUGAUACGCAUCUCCUGCUUCGUAGGCCUGGGCAUUGAAGUCUGGAAAAUCCACAAGGUGGUGGAUAUUAACUAUAACAAUCAAGAUAAGCUGCUGGGCAUCUUCCCACGCAUCAGCUUCAAGGAUAAGGGCUCCUAUUCCGAGAGCGCCACCAAGGAGUAUGACAAGCUGGCCUUCAAGUAUCUGGGCUGGGCCUGUUUCCCUCUGCUUGUGGGCUACUUUAUCUACUCCUUGAUCUACAACGAGCACAAGGGCUGGUACUCCUUUGCAUUGAACAUGCUCUACAGUUUCCUGCUGACCUUUGGCUUUAUAUUGAUGACACCACAGCUUUUCAUCAACUACAAGCUCAAGUCGGUGGCUCAUUUGCCUUGGCGCAUGAUGACCUACAAAUUCCUUAACACAUUCAUUGAUGAUAUCUUUGCAUUUGUGAUCAAGAUGCCCACCAUGUAUCGUCUGGGCUGCUUCCGCGAUGACAUUAUCUUCUUUGUGUUCCUCUAUCAGCGCUGGCAGUAUCGCGUGGAUCUCAAGCGAGUCAAUGAGUUUGGAUUCUCGGGCGAAAUGGAGGUCCAGGCUGCCAACAAGCGAGUCGAAGGUCAAAGUGCUGGUGCCAUUGAAGGCGCUGCCAGCAACACUGCCGAGGCUGCCGCUUCUGCUGCACCGAAGAGCGCCUCACAAAAGAAACAGGAUUAGUUAGCCCGUUAAUCAAAAGAUACAUUUUGCAUUAGAACAAUUUAAAAAAGAUACAAAAGGCAUCAUAAACGUAUACUCUAUUUGUAAUAAGUAUUGUAAUAUGCAUUAAUUAAUCAAUUUCAGUAUACACAUGUAGAGACAAGCCCACACAAAAUGGAAGCAAACAUAUUUUAGUCAUAGUUCGUGUGUAAAUUUUUGUUUAUUUUAUUGGAUUAAUGCUGGACCAAAGGCAUUGGCUGCUGAAAUAAAAUUCAGUGCGAAUAGUAAAA